AUGAACCCUGAGUUAUACGAUUACCUCUUCAAGCUUCUCCUCAUCGGAGAUUCUGGUGUUGGAAAGUCCUGCCUCCUUCUUCGAUUUGCCGAUGAUACCUACACGGAAAGCUACAUCUCCACCAUCGGUGUGGAUUUUAAAAUUCGUACCAUCGAACUUGACGGAAAGACAGUGAAACUCCAAAUCUGGGAUACUGCGGGUCAGGAGCGUUUCAGAACUAUCACGUCUUCUUACUACCGUGGUGCUCAUGGCAUUUGCGUUGUCUACGACGUGACUGACAUGGACUCUUUCAAUAACGUCAAGCAGUGGCUUCAGGAAAUCGACCGCUAUGCUACUGAAGGCGUCAACAAGUUGCUUGUGGGUAACAAAAGCGAUAUGGAAGACAAGAAGGUUGUGGAAUACACGGUGGCCAAGGAGUUCGCGGACAGCCUGGGAAUCCCUUUCUUGGAAACUUCAGCUAAGAACGCCUCAAAUGUUGAACAAGCUUUCUUGACGAUGGCUAGACAGAUUAAAGAGCGCAUGGGAACUGCCACCGUUAACAACAAGCCUACCGUGCAAGUCGGUCAAGGCCAGGGAGUUCAGUCUGGCUCUUCUGGCGGCUGUUGCUAG